AUGACAAUAAUGUUUAAGAAUAGUAAUAAUUUGUUCCUCGUCUCCCUUGUCACCAUGUCCCUCUUCAACUCGUUCUCUCACUCAGGGUUGCCCCUAAACGAAACGAGAUUCUCCAGCCCCAACGGCACGUACCCCUCCGUGGCAGUCCCUGAAAACAUCACCCUCUUCCUCAACUCACAAAAUUUGACCAAGCAACAAAUAGAAAGAGAAGAAAACAACAGAACCUACCACCUGAAACUGCAAAACUUUUUCAAAUUGAACCGAGAAUUGAACCAACGUGAGUGGGAGCAGGAUUUAAAGGAGCUCGAACAUAUGAGCGUAGAAGAUAUUCGCGAUAGGGAGAGGAUCCGGGUUCAACUGCAAAAGUGGUUUCAACACGACGAACAGAUAGAACAACGAAAAAAGCAGAUACAACUGCAGAAGGAAUAUCUGAAGAAAUUGAAAGAGGAAAGUUCUAGAACCUUAAGGUGCCCCAUCUGUGAUUCGCUGGUAGACGAUGGUUGCACUUACAAACCCGAGGACUAUAUAAACUUCUGCCCCAACGACACCAACUCGACAAGCUGCCUCAUGAAACUCUAUGUCGACGACAGAUACGUUUCUAGACUGGUGAGGUCCUGCAACUAUAACAACAACAUCAUCAGCAACAACAACCUUAACCUCAACAACAACACUAACAACAACGUCACUAACAACAACAUCACUGACAUCAACAGUUUUAAUAACGACAACAACAGUAAUAAUAACACCAAUAUCACCGCUUUUUAUAACAACAACGACACUAAUAGUAGUAACAACAACAACAACAGCAACAACAACAGCAGCAACAACAGCAACAAUAAUAAUAAUAUUAAUAAUGAACACAACAACAACAACAACAACAACAACAACAACAACAACAACAACAACAACAACAAUAAUAAUAACACAGAUAUAACAAUCGUUGAAGCAAAUAUCACCAAUCAUUUCAACAGCAGCAGCAGCAACCGAAGUAGCGAUACCAACCUCACCACCAACAUUAACAACAACAACACUAGCAACAUCAACAACACCACUAACUUGAGCAACAACAACAUUACAAACAUCAACAACAACAGCAAUAGUGAUAAUGUUACCUACGACAAACCGCAGCUGUACAAAUCAAUUUUAGUUUGUCAAUGCAUCCCGGCAAAAGAGUCUAACAGCAAGGUUAAAAUUGACAUCAACGACUUCAACAAUGACAUCAUCAUCACUGACGACAACAACAACAACAACACUAAUGGUACCGAAAGACCAACUACAACAAUUACGACAACGAAACGUCGCAAAAAGCAAACGCCCCCGCCAAUCAAAUCGGGGAAGAAUUUCUGCGACCCUCAACACAACAUCGAAAACAUCAGAAAUCCGGAACCGAUAAAAAAAAUCCCUCUCCAUCUACAUCCACUUUGCAAAAUCCAACGUCUUCUGCCAUCUUACGGUGAAAAAAUUCGAAGGUCGAAGGUCAUGUGGGGCAUACCCGUUGUCAACCACGAAGAUGUUAAAAUCGAGGAAGGCGACUAUGAUGAUAAUGAUGAUGAGGAGGAAGAGGACGACGACGAUGAGAACGAUGGUGGUGGCGACAAGGAGGGCAGCAAAAAGUGCAACGGCGACCGUUGCAAAGUUGCGCGACAACUGUCUCCGCAACCUCAAGUACACAUCAAGAAUGACAUCAACGACAACACCACUUUUAAUGGCAACACGACCAGCAGCAACAGCAACAACAGCACCGUCAACAACAUCGCAAACAACGAUGGUAGCAGCAACAACAAUUUUACAGUGGCCGAUUUGAAACCGGUCAAAAACAUGAUCGGCAAAUGUUUAGUCUCGAGGGACUUAAUCCCAACACCAAGACCGCCAUUUUUUCUACCUUUAAACAUAACUAACCCUACCCCCAGCACUACCCUUGUUAUCACUACUGCCAACUUCACUAACGUAACUUUGGACUCAACUUCAAAGUUUCUUUUUUACAUGGAUGGUUGGUCUCAUGUUUAUUUCAAUGAUUGGUUUUUAAGACUUUCUGAAGACAAAUUACACCUCAAAAAUAAAAAGACAAAAAGAUUAAAUUCCAAAAAUAAGAAGAAGAAAAAAAGAAUAAACGCGGGAAAGUCUCAGGGAUAUAUUAACUCAAAAGGGUUGACCAGGAAGCAGAAGAAAUUAUUAGUUAGACAGUUGCUUCCUACUCCUAUCAGGGAAAAGAAUAUUUCAAAGCAAUUUUCUCAGCCAGGCGAUUCUACAAAUUUGUUUAUAAAACCUCCAGAAAAUUUUAAUUUGCAAGAAAAUAUGCAUCGUCCGUUUUACUCAAAUAAUAACAACCAACAAAAAUAUUUUACAAAUUCUAAUUUUCCCAGAAGAUUUAACUAUCAAAGACCCUUUGUAGCAAAUCCAAACAGCCACAGUGGUGAUAAUUUUUUAGGGGAAUCUGGAUUCAGGGGUCCGAUGAGCUUCAACCUAUGCAUGCCACCACCCCUGCCAGAUUCAUUUUUUGAUUCAAAGUUUGAGAAUUCGAAAUUCGAUGACAAUAGCAGUGGAAGCAGUAGUCGAAGUAACAGCUGUAAAAGGUCCAAAAAACCAAAGAGUUCUUGCACUUCUAAGGACAAAGAUAAAACAGCAAAACCGUCGACCAGUGAACCGUCGACAUCUACCUCCACCUCUGUCGAUCUCCCAGAAAAAGUUUCCAAGAAAACUUGUGAAAUAUUUAAUGACAUCUUAGGUGAAAAUAACUCACAAAAUGAUCAACUGAGUUCACUUUCGUCGAGCAAAGAUGACAAACUGCCUGGAAAGAAAACCUUGCUACCAUCCGCAACAUUGUUUGAAACAUCCACAAUGCAUUAUAGUUUUUCUAAUUAUAGAAAUUCUGGAAUUUCCAAACAUGAUAAGUACAACUACCGGCAAAGACAGUUUAACUACAAUAAAUACAACAAUGAUGACACCGGCAUAGAUAAUACAGUUCGGAAACGCUAUGGUGAUAAUAGGGGUUAUCCAUUGUCACCACCUUCGUCAUCGUCGCACUAUACCCCUUACUACCAAAGACAUCGACAACAACAACAGCAGCAUCAAUUUGAUCACUAUCAUCAUCAGCAACAGCAGUACAGAUCCAAUCAACAAAAUUAUCGUAAUUAUAACAAUAAUUAUGAUAAAAAUUAUGACAAGAAUCGUCAUCAGGAUAGAGACCGAUCUCAGAGGUAUGAUAAAAGUGAUGUUAACAUGGCUAAAAACAACAGUGGCAGCAUCGUUGAAAAAAAUCUUCCCAACAGUGAAACUGUUCUGAAUUUGUCAAGAUCUGUUUCACCAAAGAUACCAAAUAAUAUUAAUAUUAAUAAGCUUGGUGAUAAACCUAAUGUGCAUAUCAAAUUUUCUGACUCAGCUGGUAGUAAAAGUCAGCCAGAAAAGGACAACAAUGCAACAAUGGACACCAAAAAUUCAAAUGAUGAUAGUGCUAGCAAUGAAACAAAGACAUCCCUGCUCAUUAAAAGUGAAAUCAUGAAUGAUUCGGGAAAUUGUAAAAGCAAAAACGCUACUACGGCUACUACUAUCACUACAACCACAGUUACCACUACUACUUCUACAAUUACUACUGCUGCUAUGGCUACUUCAGCUGCUACUAUUAGUGCUACUGCUUCAAAGAUCUUCUCUAAUUACACAAACAUUGCAAGCUAUAACAACAACAAUAAUAGCAGUAGUAAUAAAGAUGACAGUAUUAAAUGCAAUAAUAAGAGUAGCAGUAGUAGUAGUAAAAAUACUAUGCAUGUUGUUAACAGUAAACCCCAAACAGACUUUAAAGUGAUGAAAAGUUCAAAAGUUAAAGAGAAACAAAUGAAGAAAGAUGAAGUUGAAAGCUCCAAAAAAUCCAAAACUGCAAGUGAUUCAUCAAAGAAGGAUCAAAAUACUGGGAAAACUAGUCAAACACCUAGUAAAAUUUUUACUCAGAAAGGUAGUUAUGCUACUGUUACCACUACUACUGCUACUGCAGCUACUAAAGCUGCUGCUACUGUUGCUUCUGCUAAUAGUUUCAAUGCAAGUUCAACGAAUGUAUCAUCAUCACUGAAUAAACCUCAGUCUGUUCAGAGAAAAUUAACUGAUAAGAAAAAUGGGAAACUUGCUGCUGCUGCCGAUGAUGAUGGUAAUGAUUCUGAUUCGUCUUCAUCGUCGUCGUCAUCAUCAUCGUCGUCGUCGUCAUCACCUGAUUCGGAAAAUGGUAAAAAACCAUCAGAUUUAAAAAUAGCUCAGGCUCCAGUUAAUAAAGAAACUGUUGCUAGCAAAGAAAGUGCAGUGGCUGAAAAUAGCGCAGAUGCAAAAACGAAAACAAUCAAAAGAAAACUUAACACUGAUCCUAAAGGGGUUAAAGGUGAGAAAAAGGUUUUUAAAAGUUCUACAAAUGGCUCCACAACAGCAUCAACAACAGCAACAGCACAAACAACAAGUGAAAAUAAAGAACAACUAACUAAAAAGAUGAAAAAUACGCCGUCAAAAACGGCAAGCACCAGCCAGAAUACAUCAACAGCCAACAGCUCUAAAGACAAUAAAAAUGAUGCAACCAACAAAUCAGUUACUACAGCGGCCGCAGCUGACAAGUUGCCAAAAAAAUCCCUAACCAAAUCAGAACUCCUAAAACUGAUAUCCUUCCCAAGAUCACGAAAAGAUCAGAUACAGAUUGAGAGAUUAAGGAAAGAGUAUAACUCUAAAAUUAAAUCAAUAGAAUUUGGCCUUGAAGUACCUUUCUCACUUGAACAUUUAGAUCUGGCUAACAUCGAUUUAACGGCAGUGAAAACUGAUAUACCGGAUGAAGUUAGUGCUGUCAUCAAUGAUGUUCUAGAUUUUUCUUCAACUGUGUUAGACCCAAUCGUCUUGAGUGAUGGUGAGAAUUCAAAAUCAUCUAAGAAGAGGAUUAGGAAAGCUAAAGAUACCGCCAUGUCGACUGUUGCUGGGGACUCUAGUAAUCCAGCCUCCAAAUCUCCUAAAACUAGAAAGAGAAAAGUUUCUUCAAACGCAGAUGCCAAAGUUGACGACGGUACAGCUAGUCAGGCUAAGAAAAAAAGAGCCAAAAAAACUUCAACCAAUGAUGUAACUAAUUCGCCAUCCAGCGAGAAUAUUAUCGACAGGCUGAAUAGCUUGUCUAAUGAUUUGUCACCCGAUGAUUCUACUGCAAAGAAAAAGACGCGACGAAAAUCAGGUAAUUCGGUGGCUACUACUAGCGCCACUACUACUGUCGCUACUACCAGCGCCACCACUACUGCUAAUUGUGGUAGUGGUAACAAUACUGAAGAUAGUAAUCUCAAUAAAAGUAAUAGUGCUAAUAGCGCUAGCAAUCAAAACUCAUCAGAGAAUGUGCUGGAGACAAUUUUACAGCUGUCCUUAAGAGAAGACGAGCUGCAUAGUUACAUUGCACAGGCAGACUGCGAGAUGCAGUACCUACAAUCUUGCCUAGCUGACCUAACCCAACGACUGAACACCAAACGACAAUACAAAGAUAGCCAACAACAACAUCAACAAACAUCGUCGUCGUCAUCUAACUUGAUGUUAAGCUUAUCAAACUCAGCUAUUGACAACAGUUGCAGUUAUAAUCCUGGCUUCAUCAACAUAGAGCCAACUAACAAUAAUGACGAUGAUGCCGAAAGCUAUGUUGAUGUUGACGAUGAUGGUGGGGACGACGAUCAGAAUGUUGGCAUGACGCAGCAUCAACAACAUCAAUAUCAUCAACAACAACAACAAUAUUAUCCGAACGACAACGGCAACAACAACAACAAUAUGACGUCAUCCUACUUGUCCCCACCGCCUAAUUCAGGCUUGCAAGUUAGGUACCUAGGAACUCUUUGUGAUGUUUCCCUGUUGAAGAGGAUAAAUCACCAGGAUGGUGGCGCUAGUUUCAAUAACAACAACAAAAACAUUAACAGUAACAUAAAUAGUAGUAAUAUUAACAAUAAUAGUAAUGACAACAACAACAUCAAUCUAGUUCCAACUGCAUCAGACGCUAACCCAGCUAAAAAUAGCCAGAAAGAGAAAUCUGCUUCUAAAAAUAAAAAAUCUAUAAAUAAACUCCCGUCAUCGUCGUCAUCUUCUUCAUCAAGUGAUAGUGAUGAUAAAGAUGUUAUUGUAAAUAAAUCUAAUGAUUAUGGGAAAAAUGUCUAAUGAGGAUAUGUGGUGUACAUGUAUUUAUAUAUAUACAUGUAUUAGAUUUGUUUAUAUUUACAUAUAUAU